CUUUCUGCAAGUCUUGGAUUUGUCGGCCAAAUCUCUCAUUUUUUCCACAGCUGUUGAGUGACUCAAGCCAGGCACUCGAUGGAGCCAAAGCUAAAACCGGGAGUCUUACCAUGUUUCAACGCUUUGCCGCCUGUCAGGCAAGACGUCCCGUGGCUACGUGUUUGGUCACCGGAGCCUCUGUGAUGAGCAUCGGUGACUCGGCGGUGCAGCUCUGCGGGUCGGGCACCUUGGACCUCGAGCGCAACGUGGUGGUGAGUGCAUACAACGGAGGUACCUCACCCUUCUUCUACUUUUGGUGGCAGCACCUGGACGGAAUGUGGCCUGGAAAGGGUGUCGCAGCGGUUGCGAGAAAGGCCUUGGUGAACCAAGCAACGAUGGCGCCCUUCAACAGUGCCCUCUUUCUCACCUGGAGCACCGCAUUGGAGUCGUGGAUCAAGAGCAAACAUUUUGAGAGCAAGGACGACCCGACCGCACUGAAGUCCAAAAUUUGGGAGAAGGUCAAGAGCAAAGUUCGAUCAGAAAUACCCGACCUGGUCCUUGCUCAAUGUGGCUACUGGCUUCCUGCAAACGCCGUCAACUUUAUGUUCAUGCCGCAGCACCUUCGAGUUGUCUUCAUGUCUUCCUGUGCUGUGAUAUGGGGAGGAUACAUCAGCUAUGUGGUGCAUCGGUGAUCACAGGGAAUCCCAACCGUGCUAAGCUAUUCAUCACUGGCCAUAUCCAAAGAUCUGGCUGAAGUAUGAUAAUUUUAAU